CCGCCCUCAACACAACUCCACCCACAAUCAAGCAACUUCCCCCUCACCGCGCAAGUCCUCCGGUGGAUCAGCGUCGCAAGAUACACAGCAACAAUCCCGCAAGCCGCAGUGCUCAACUGUCGACAACUUUAUAGAGACUUGGCGACACGCGAAUCUGCCGGGUCGUCUACUUUCGUCGAUGGCUACAUUGAGUCAUCGUUGAAGGAAGAGCAAGGCGAGGUAUGUGCUUCAAGGCGAGCGUAUGGGUAAGGCCAGCUUCAACUCCAGCAACAAUGCCGCGAAAGCGCGCUCAAAGAUGGCGUCCGUUGCGGCAUACAGUCAAGUUAUCUUUGACAUCACACCCGCCAAGAGCUCGACCAGCAGCAACGGUGUGGAUGUGUCAACACCGCCCGCAACUUUGUCAUCGAGCAGCAAGUCAACAGGCAGUAGUGGUUCGAUGCAGCACAGCCGACUUUCGAGAUACGUCAAGGAUAAACCGGAUCUGGCGCCCAUCAAUGCUGUGCCUAGCCUCACAUCCUCUACUUCUCUUGGUAUGGGUGAGUUCUAUGGCAGUGUGCCGAGGGGCUCGCUCGGUCUCAUUUCAAGCUCCGUACCCAUCAACUUAUCAACAAGUGCCGGCGGGACUAUCUGGUCGCCUCAUCGCCACGCUUCGCGUCCGUCAAAAUCAAGCUGGCGCUGCAAAGAAGAAUUGUGCGUGUUCAUGCAAAUGCGAAUUGGAUGAACUUGUGGAUGUGCUGAAACGCCAGAUGGACUUUCAUGCUUUCAUUGAAAACAUAUGUUGCAUGCGCGACCUUCACGUUUCCUUGCGCGGCCAGGUUGCUGUUCUUCAACCAGAGGGAUUAUGCUCCGCUGACUGCUUCAGGCUCUCAAAUUGUUUGCUCUCUCGCACCUGAAAAUCCGCCUACGAGGUGGGCUGCAACAUU